CGGUGUCCAGCGCUCAGCCAUGGAGGCCGGCGUGCUGCGCGUCGUGGUGCUCGUCGCGCUCUUCCUGCUGCUGACGGCGGACUACUCGACGCUGCUGGCGCAGCUGCUCACCGUGCUCGGAUCCCCCGCCGUGCCCGCCUUCGACACCAAGCCUGCCGAAACGGCGCUUGCCGCAGAACACGAGUCCUGGGAACUUUAUCCAAGCUCUACACGCGCCAAACUGCUGUCAACGAUCAAAAACUCGUGUCUUCCGAAGCUGAUAUGUGAAAUGAAUGCCAUGCCGUCCAAGGAGAAACUUACCGAGUCCGAGAAAGCCCUCUUAAAUCUUAUCCGCGACACGAGCAUCAGCGUGACGGCCGAGGUGACGUCGCGAUACCACUUCGCGGCGCACAUGGGGCAGCUGAUCGCGGGGGUGGACGGCGCGGGCUGCCACAACUUCUACCCCAACUGCCCGUUCCCCGGGCUCACUGCGCUCCAAAUGAUCAAGAGCGCCCGCGCCAAGCGGUAGUCGCUGCUCCCCGCACCUUUUAGUUUUGUGCACCGACAAGGUUUCUGGCCAGUGCCGCCAAACUGCUGCCACUUCACGUAAGAGUGGUACAAUUCGCGUGGCCAAAAGAUAACUCUAUUACGAGCUGUGAUGUGCUUUCGUGUUCCAUGUUUUCUUACUUUUAUACUGACGAUUUUCGAGGAAGCCACUAAGACAGUAUAGCUCAUUUUAUCUAUACACAGUGAAUAAUUAUAAGGCCUGUGCAGUAGUGGAAAUGGAUACUAAUGUUCCUCAUCUGUAACAAAUUUAAUGAAACUGAAGACCUGUGACGAUUAUGUUCACAAUUAUUUCACAUAAAAUACAAGUGUAAUGGCGAACUAAUGAAUCUGGAGUACACUAAAUCAAUUUCCAACUUAUUGAACUUCCAGAUAUCGAAACAUGUUAGAGUAUCCCGGUGAUGUGUAAUUCUCUAAAGAGGGUGUUACCAAGUUUUUGGACAUAAGUUGCCAACAGAGUUUGCUUGACAACUCUUUUCGCAUCUGACCGUUUGAAUAACAUAGGUCGCUUUUUGGCAAUCUUGACUUGUUUACGGUGCCAUUUCUAACAUGAGGCCGUAGAUCGCUGAGAACAUUUUAUGGGAAACUCUGUGUCUUUCAGUACUACUUUAACCUGCUAAGCCGGGAGUUUUUCCCCUCUGUGGCUGAGCGCUCAGCAUGUCUGGGCUACACACAGAGGAACGAAAAUCGAGCUCAGUUAUUUUUCCUUAGUGAGAGGACUGUAACGUGGCCUGUUCAGUCUGGUCAGAAACAGUGAUUUCACUUUUGAAACCCGUCAUUAAUUAUUUGAAGCACAAGGUGCUGAUCACACGCUCCUCCAAUAAAGCCAAUGUUUCACACGACUACAGCUCUACGAUGUUGUUUUCAAAAAAAAAAAAUUUGGUAUUUAUCCGUCAUUUUGGCGUACGAUACUGUGAAAAAGAGAAUUAAGCUGUAACGGAAAUUAUUUCAUCACUAUAAGAAUGAACUAUUUACGGACAGAAUUAUUGUGUAAAUUACUCUAGUUGAACUUGGCUCGUAAACUGGCAUAAAAGUUCAAACAUUCUAUGGUGUCACACAUUUCCUUUGUCGGAGGAGCAACUGACUGUCACUGAGAUGGGGGGAAUUCAGAGGUAUAGAUGACGUGAGGUGUCUCAGCGACCGCUGAUUCUUGCCACGACAAAUAUGGAUCAAAAACUUAUGUAGUGUGUCGGCAUCAAAUGCUGGCUUCUUUGCACUACGUAGGGCGUAGUCUGUACGUCUAUUAAAAGCUAUUAAUGCACUUAAUUUCCCUGAUUAUCUUGAUCACUGAAUCCUAGUGAUUUGAAGCGCGUCCCAGAAUCAGAGUCUACACGAAAAUGUCUUGUUCUUAAUGGAUAACUUUAUUUUUGCGUGCCACUAGGUUUCCCAGAUAUCUGUCAUUCGUCUUCCGCUUAUGUUCGGUGCAGCAUUGGUAAUUAUUUCGAACUGACAGUCCCACGUAGCUAAUCUCACAUCCACACAUGCAGAUAAAAAUUCUCGGAAUAUAAGAAUAUAAUAAUCCUUCACAGGGCAGAUCAUAUGUUAGAUUUUCUUCCGCGCUCGAAAAACUGUUUUAAUCCAAUUCCUGUUUAAAAUUAAUCCCAUUUUUCUUUAAAUUGCUGUACAUAGGAAGAAACGCAAGGUACUGACCGUGUUGUUGAUUGACUGGGUGUACGUUUCGCGUUUGCUGAAAGCCUUCAUUUGUCACAUAGCUGUUUCGUUUCAACAUAUGUUUUUUGGUUUAUUUCAGCACCUUGAUGCUUACUGUUGGAUAUUAUUUCAGCUCUGGCUAUCACCGUUGUGCAUAGCUCUCUUUCUGACAGGAUGAUAUGUCUGUUGGUUAAAUGCCAAAUUACGAUUCCAAAGUCUAAUCAUAAUUAUCGAUGAACUAGGUAUAUAUUUAAUUUAAUGUAACUUCAUCCUACGUCAAACAUUGAUGAAUUUGAAAAACUGUUAGUAGUGCAAUAUUAUGGUUGCAAGGCAAAUGCAGGUUCAUUAUUAUAAGACAGGUGAAUUGGUUCGCAGGGUUGAGAAAAACAAAGACAUGCCACCUCCAGGAAAUCGAUUCAGGUCGAUGACUGAUUUAGGUUGGUAAUCUUCGUAUAGUUUGUCGUAAUAGCUUCCAAGCUACGAAAUAACGUUUACGUGGUUUCCAAUGUUUCUCUGUAAAAAGGAAACACAGUGAUGCAUAUCCUUUCGAUGAUCGCCUUCCGUGGCAGUUCACAUCCGAAGCUAGCAGUUGCAAUUUCUUUUUCGUUUUCUACAGUCCAAUUUGAAUUGUAAUAGUCUCCAAUAUACAGUCCCGUCACUUCAGUGCAACACAACAGUACUCCAUGUGAACUUAUCAACAAGGAUUCUUAAGUAAUUUUACUAACGUUGAGUAUAGUUGUCGAAAUAACGUUAUGAGCACUUACGUGGAGUUGAUGUCAACUAUGAUAAUGAGUAGCUACGAUUAACGUUGUACUUGAUAUGUGUAACGAAUAUGAAAUAGAUUCAUUGCUUAUGGAUACAACGCUGUAUAGUUUGGUUCAUCAUUUAAUUUUUGUUUCCCUUUGCUUCUUUGUUAGAAAUGCGAUAAACGGUAGAAAUCAGAAAGCCUCGGAUUUAUUCUAUUUUCAUUCUAACUAGUCUGUAAACAUUCACCUAUCACAUAAUGAUUAGAACCGAGAGAUAUUUUUGUUAAUCCGUUAAACAGUUAAGAGAGUAUCGCAGAUAUUAAUAAACAGACGGUCAGUGAUUAGUGACUUCAUAUCACCCAACGCUCAUCUUGUAUUUAAGCAGGGGAGCUAUUUCACAUCACUUUUGGUUUGACCUGGGAAAUACAGUUUUAAAAUUGUAAGUCAGUGACAUGAAAUAGAGUGAUCUCUAGCAUAAUAGCUGGCACAACAACGAUAUAGACAGCUCUGUGUUUCGUACUGUGCAAAAGUUACACAUUAAACGUAUCCGUGCUCUUUAGCAUCCCUUAAAUAAAUCUCUAGGGGGCAACUUAUUUCAGUCUGCAUUAAUGUUUCCAUUAAUUUUGUCUGUUUUAUAGCCUAGUGGAAAAGUAUUUAGGGUAAUUAACACACAAUACUAGGAUCCAAAUUUCUAGUGCUAAUGCAACCUGCGAAGGCUCACACAAUCCGAUUUAUGUGAUCACUUUUUAUUGUGAUAAUUGAUAUUAUGUUUACUUUCCAUGUGUUCAAUAAAAUCAGCAAAUACUUAAAAAUA